GUUAGAUUUCCAUUUUCUUUUAUUUUCAAUUUUCUUUUGGGAGUUCCUCUUUCCCGCAAGACCGCAUCGCAUCCCCUUUGGAGCAAGGUUUAAGCUAUGGCGAACCGAAACCUAAACAGAAUGAUGAGCUUUGGCAUAUCUGAUGUGGCUCUGGAGCGCGUUAUGGCCUACAUCCAUGAUCCUCGUGACCGUGAUGCUGUUUCUCUGGUUUGCCGUAAAUGGUAUGAGAUCGAUGCUUUGACACGGAAGCAUAUUACUAUAGCUCUUUGUUACACAACAAGCCCAGAGCGUCUCACACGAAGGUUUCGGGGUCUCGAGUCACUGAAACUGAAGGGAAAACCUAGGGCUGCGAUGUUUAAUCUCAUUCCUGAAGAUUGGGGAGGAUAUGUUGGUCCAUGGAUCAAAGAAAUCGCUGAGUCUUUUAAUUGUUUAAAGUCACUUCAUUUCCGGCGAAUGAUUGUUACGGACGCGGAUCUGGAGCUUCUUGCUCGAUCUCGCGGUCAUACGCUCCAGGUGCUCAAACUUGAUAAGUGUUCUGGAUUUUCUACGGAUGGCCUUCUGCAUAUUGCACGCCACUGCAGAUGUCUAAGAACAUUGUUUUUGGAAGAGAGCUUUUUAGAGGAGAAAGAUGGUCAAUGGCUCCAUGAGCUUGCUCUAAGCAACACAGUUCUCGAGACUUUAAACUUCUAUAUUACGGAUCUCAAUAAAGUCAGUAUCCAAGACCUUGAUUUAAUAGCUAGAAACUGCCGCUCCUUGGUCUCUAUAAAAGUCAGUGAUUGUGAGAUCUUGGAGCUAGUCAGUUUUUUCCAUGCUGCGGCUGCAUUAGAGGAGUUUGGUGGGGGUUCUUUCAAUGAUAACCCGUCGAAGUACUCUGUCAUCUCAUUCCCUCCUAGAUUAUGUCGCUUGGGUCUAAGCUACUUAGGGAGGAAUGAGAUGUCCAUAAUAUUCCCAUUUGCAUCUCAACUCAAGAAGCUGGAUCUCCUAUAUGUCAUGCUUGAUACAGAGGACCAUUGUCAGUUGAUUCAGCAAUGCCCCAAUUUAGAAAUUCUCGAGGCAAGAAAUGUCAUUGGAGAUAGAGGUUUAGAAGUUAUUGCUCAGAGCUGCAAGAGAUUAAAAAGGCUUAGAAUUGAGCGCGGUGCAGAUGAACCAGGAAUGGAGGAUGAACAAGGUAUAGUUUCACAGAGAGGAUUAUCUGCUUUAGCACAGGGCUGCAUUGAACUUGAAUACCUGGCUGUUUAUGUGUCCGAUAUAACCAAUGCUUCCUUGGAAUCCAUUGGUACAUUCUGCAAAAACCUCUCAGACUUCCGUUUAGUGUUGCUCGACCACGAAGAAAGGAUCACAGAUUUGCCACUCGACAAUGGAGUCCAAGCUCUGUUGAGAGGUUGUGAGAAGCUUAGGAGGUUUGCCCUCUAUCUACGAGCUGGAGGUUUGACCGAUGUUGGUCUUGGUUAUAUAGGGCGGUACAGCCAUAAUGUGAGGUGGAUGCUUCUGGGUUACGUGGGAGAAUCUGAUGGAGGUCUUUUGGAGUUCUCAAGAGGCUGUCCUAAUCUGCAGAAGCUGGAAAUAAGGGGUUGUUGCUUCAGUGAACGUGCAUUGGCUCUUGCUGUAAUGCAGCUGACCUCACUGAGAUACUUGUGGGUGCAAGGUUAUCGUGCAUCUGCAACAGGUAGUGACCUCUUGGCCAUGGUUCGCCCCUUCUGGAACAUCGAAUUAAUUCCUCCUAGAGCAGUGGUUGUUACUGAUGAACUUGGGAACGAAGUAGUCACUGAGCAUCCACCCCACAUUCUUGCUUACUACUCCCUUGUCGGGCAGAGAAAUGACUAUCCAGAAACUGUCAUCCCACUGGAGCCAUCUGCCAUGAUCAAUUCAUGAAACUGUGAAUAUCUUCUCCAGAUUUUGCUCUUGCACCAUUCACAUGCACUUUAAGGUGCCCUGUCCAUAGAUCUUCUGUGUAUUGUUUCCUAUCCUUCAAUAGCCCUCAAUAGCCCUCUCUCCUGUAAUAAGUUUGUGCUAUACAGUACUCUGAAACAGCUUGCAGUCAUGUGAAAUACUGGCCACAAUUCGUGCCCCCACCCCUGCCACUUCUCCUGGUCCUUCCUCUUUGCUGCUGUUGGUUGAUUUGAGAUAUUUCUGUUUUUCAGUUGCAAGGAAAAAUUCUGGAACUUA